ACAAAGGGGGAAAAGCUCACAAUACUCAACAACUACAAGGCAUCAUUUGCCAUCAACUCGACGAGUCCUAUGAAGUGCCCCUUCUAAAACUCUUUAGUGGCCUCCUGCCGUCAGCACCGCCACCGAUCACCUUCGCCGUCACUGAAUCCCGACCUUUCCGUUAUAUCUAUCUAUUUACCUCUCCAUUCUCGCUAUAAUGUAUAUAUCGCAUAUUGAUUUCUUUCUAGUUUUCCUUCUAUCUACAUGAACCAGCAAUGGGCAACCUCUGCACCUGUUUCGCACCCAAAACAGUGAAAAAAAAGAAAUCCACAAAGCGUUCACCCGGUAACCCACUGUCCAUUCCCAAUUCAAGCAACCGGUGGAAUCGGAUCCGGUCCACGCGCAAAGACAGCACUGAUUCCUUGAUUCAGGAACAGGCUUUGGCUGCCGCCAUUCUUUUUAGGCAGCACCAGCAACAGAACGGGUCCGGUUCAUUGCCGUUUGAUCGGUCGGCUUCGCUGCGGUACCCGAAUAAUUUAGGGUCGAAGAAAACUCAGCUGACACGAAGCUCCACUUCGAGAGCCCUGUCUCUUACUGACCCGUUGUUGCAGCCUCACCAGCUUGUUAACCAGCAGGAUAUUAAGCUCGAUGAACUUGAGACGAACCAUUUCGUUCUUGUGCAUGGGGGAGGCUUUGGUGCCUGGUGUUGGUACAAAACAAUAGCUCUUCUAGAAGAGGGUGGUUUCAAAGUUACUGCAAUAGACUUAACUGGCUCUGGGGUUCAUUCUUUUGACACAAAUGACAUUACCAAUCUUUCUCAAUAUGUGAAACCCCUUACCAAUUUUUUUGAAAAACUUGCUGAUGGGGAGAAGGUGAUUUUGGUGGGGCACGAUUUUGGUGGUGCUAGUAUAUCGUAUGCAAUGGAGUUGUUUCCUCAUAAAACUUCAAAGGCUAUUUUUGUUGCAGCAGCAAUGCUGACUAAUGGACAGAGUACUCUUGAUAUGUUCUCGCAAGAGGCAAAUUCAAAUGAUUUGAUGCAACAGGCACAGAUAUUUGUGUAUGCAAAUGGGAAUGGUCAUCCUCCAACUGCUAUUGAGCUGGACAAAUCAUUAUUAAGAGAGUUGCUGUUCAACCAGAGUCCUGCCAAGGACAUUGCAUUAGCAUCUGUUUCAAUGAGGCCAAUCCCUUUUGCACCAGUUUUGGAGAAGCUUUGUCUUUCAGAUGUGAAAUAUGGAACAGUUAGACGGUUUUAUAUAGAAACUGCAGAGGAUAAUGCCAUUCCUAUUACACUACAGGAAAGCAUGAUAAACUCAAGCCCCCCGGAAAAGGUUUUCCAUUUAAAAGGUGCUGAUCACUCACCUUUUUUCUCCAAGCCUCAAGCCCUUCACAAGAUAUUGGUAGAGAUUUCUAAGAUGCCUUCAACUUGAUAGUUUGGUAACUAGAUGACAUAUUGGAGUCCCCGAAAGCUUCAUUGGAAGUGGUACAGAAUUGCUGCUCACAUCAGGCUCUUCUCUGCAAGUCAUUAGAAGAGAAGAUUUUGAGUUGUGUAAAUGCGCUGUUAAAAAAAUUGUCAUCCAUUGCUUAAUUUCCAUAGAAAAUUUCAACUAUCUUGUCAGAGACCAAAUAUGUUUAUAUCCUUCCUCUGUCUCGUUUUUCUAUCUAUUUUUUUUCACUUUUUUCUUUUUUCUUUAUUUGGUCUUGUUAUCCUAUUUUACUCGAUAACAGAAUAUUUAUAACGAAUUUAUGUUGGAAAUUGCUCACUUCAACAA